AUGGUACUGGUAUUCAUUUGCACAUUCAUUCUUUUCACACCAAUUUUAAUAUGGCUCUAUUCUUGGUAUAUAUCAGCAGUGAGUUUGGAAUCUCUUGAAAAAAUUGAAAAAUAUAUAUAUAUAUAUAAAUAUUCCAGGUUCCCAAAAGUUAUGCAAAAUACGGUACAAGAUUAUAUGAUAAAGUACAAAAAAAUUUAAUGUUAUUGCAUGAACCAUAUCAUCCAAGUUGGUGGUGUCCAUUUGGAACAACUCAAACGAUUGUUAGACAAAUCUUCAGGGAUUGUCCAAAACUUCCAUUCCAAAGGUCAGUUUUACACAGGAGCAGGUUUAGGAUCUUCAGUUCCCAGGGAAACCCUUAUCAGAAUCUAGUAAAUUUUCACAGAUGGCUCAAACUUCCCCUGAACUUUUGACCUCCCGCUCUUUCUCUCCUGGAAAAAAUCAUAAAUAAUUUACAUGCCACUUUGUCUGUAGUGUUUUAUAUUUUAUCAGUGUUCAUAUAAAGUUAACUGCAACAUCAAAUUGAUAAGAGACGAACUUUGUCUCCAAGUUUUCCUUCCAGAGAAAUCGUGGAAUUCGACGAUGGCGGUGCAGCUGGAAUCGAUUGGCUCAUUCCAGAAGGAGCUGACGACAACACACCGAUUGUUGUUUUCUUGCCAGGGAUCACUGGUUAGUUGUUGCCCAGGGAAACGUAACUAAAAUACAAUUUCAGGUAGUACCCAUGACGCCAGUUAUGUUCUUCAUCCAGUUAUUGAAGCAAGAGAUAAGGGAUGGAAAUGUUUGGUGGUGAAUCCAAGAGGUCUUGGUGGAGUUAAACUUCGGACCACCAAGUGAGUUAGGAAAUGGGAAAUGUGUUCAACACUUUCUUCUACAGAACCUACAACGCUGCCACUCCCCACGACUUUGCCCAAAUCGCACAAAUGGUUCAUGAACGCUAUCCGAACGCAAAGAAACUAGGAUGUGGAUUUUCAAUGGGAGGGUUUGUUUAUUUCGCUUUAUUUGUUCUUUCAAACAACACCAACAACUGAUAUCAAAUUUCUAUUUAUUCAGAAUGAUUCUCUGGAACUAUCUUGCAAUGGUAGGCGAGAAUGCUCAUCUUGAUGGUGGUAUGAUUGUUUCAUCACCAUGGGAUCCAAUGAUUGCUUCGGAUUCGAUUGAACAAUUUAUUCCACAAUUGAUCUUUAAUCGAUUUAUUGCCAAGAAUCUUGUUGAUAUUGUUAAACCGUAUGUUUUUUUUAAUUCAAGAGUUACCCCAACUUUUUUGCCUAACCCAAAAUGUUUUCCAGAUACCGAGAAUUAUUCCAAAAAACCGUUGACUUCGAUGAAGUUUUAAAAUCCACAUCUGUUCGCGCAUUCGACAAAUCUUUCGUCACUCCAAUGUUCGGUUUCGAAAAUUAUGAAACUUAUUAUAAACUUGCCACUUUGCGAACCAAAGUUGACAAAAUCAAGAUUCCUGUUGUCACUUUGAAUGCUGUUGAUGACUAUUUCAGUCCAGUUGAAUGUAAGUGGAGUUUCAAAGAAGGCGAAUUUAAUUCUAGAUUCUAUGAUUUCAGGCAUCCCUGUGAAUGAUAUAAUGGAAAGUGAGCAUGUUGUCGGUAUUAUCACUAAUCAUGGUGGUCACACAGCUUUCAUGGAAUCGGCAGAUCCGAAUGCUAGAGGAAUGGUCGAAAAAUUGUUAUCUCAAUGGGGAAACCUCAUCUUUCAUGAUCUAUAG